GUUGCAGAUGCAAAUUCACUUUUAAUGUAUAAAAACAUCCCGGGCUUCCACAGCUUACCAUUAUAGCCAGAACCAAAAAAUUAUCAAGCCGCUGAUCCGAGAGAACUCCCAACAGCCAGCCUUGUUUGUUUGCUCCUAAGGAGAAAGACAUCCCAUAAACGUGAAAAUGGUGGGCAAGCCUCGCAUAUUCUUGGGUCUCUUUCUGGGGACCAUCCUGUCUUCUUGCUUACAAGUAGGAACAACCACUACUGAGAAUGCUUUGACAACAACUCAAAGCCCCUCCAUUCUCACUACUCAGAAGCCAACAACACAAAACCCAACAGAUACAACCACAAUUCCUACGACAACGGCUUCACAGGCGACGACGCAGAUCGCGACCUUUGGAUCCACACCCAAGGUACACACAACCACCCCUGUGAUGCAGCUAACUACCUCUAAGUCCCCCUUAUCAGAAACAUCCACAUCCCCGCCAGUGGACUCAACCGUUCCCCCAGACGUGCCGCCAUCUUCUUUCACCGUAACCGGUACCAAGGAGGCUCUCGAUGAGCCACAGACUCAAGCUGAACUCUGUGAAGAGAGGAGCAAAAAGCUCCUGCUGAUUUGCCUCAUCGUAAUAGGGGUGCUGGCGUUCCUUUCUGUGUGCUUGCUCUCGGCUGUGGCUGUGAUGGCCACCAAGUUAUCCUACGUCAAGAGGCGGCAGCGGAGCAAACGUCUCCCCAGGACCAACGGAGAUUUUCUCAGCGCUAGCAGCUUGUGGCCCAGCGGGCUGGAAACGCUACAGAGGACGCCCAGCCAAACGACAGGAACGGCCCCUUUCAGACAAAGCCUGAGGUCGGAGAACAUGACUCCAGGACCUGGGAAAACUGGAGCAGAUGCUAGGAAGACGCUGGAGAGGCAGAUGCACGAGGAGAUGUUGGCCAAGGAGACCUCAAUAAAACGACCCAGCAGUACUAUAGUCAACACUGAGAUCUAGGUUGUUGUGGGUUUUUCGGGCUCUUUGGCCGUGUUCUGAAGGUUGUUCUUCCUAACGUUUUGCCAGUCUCUGUGGCCGGCCUCUUCAGAGGACAGCACUCAUCAUUCAACUACCCAAGGGGGGAGAAUGUGAAGGUGUACUGCAUUCUAGAGGGUUAAAUUGAACAUUGGAUGUCUGCUAGCAACACAGGACUUUUUCUUUCACCCCCCACCUUCAUUUUCCAGCUGCAAAAACAUCUGGAGCAGAACCUAAGCUUGAGGGCAUACAAUACUUUUUCAAAGUGGCAGACACGACGCGCUGUUAUUGUAAGCGUCCGUCUUCCUCCAGAAAACAAUCCGUCUCCACAGCUACUCGGAGACGGCUUUACGGAAGAUCCAAAAUGUUAAUGCACAUAAGCA